CAGCUGUCUAUAGACCUGUGUGUUCUUUAUUCCACAACUUCUAAUGGGUGAAGACGCUCAAGUAUGAACAAUAGGCAGAGAGCAUCAAGUGAAGACGACACAGAGAGGCCGAACGAUGAGGAGCUUCCCUACAGCGAUGAUGAGACGGACGACGAGCUGGACGCUGCGGAUGAUCCUCCACAGGGAAAUGAAACCAACAUAAGUCAAGAACAAGAUCAGACGCCCAAAGGAUGCAGCUGGAACGUUAAAGCAAAUGAUCCAAAUUUCUACAAGCAGCCGCAAUUCAUGAAGAAAAAGUACUACUGCUUAAAGACGAGCAAAUAUGCUACGAAUGAGAUCAAGACAUCCAAGUACAACAUCAUCACCUUCCUGCCUCUGAACUUGUUUGAACAGUUCAGGAGAAUUGCUAAUGCCUAUUUCCUGCUUCUACUGAUCAUACAGCUGAUCCCUGUAAUAUCCACAGUCUCCUGGUACACUACAUUCAUUCCUCUGGUGAUUGUUCUGGGAAUCACUGCCAUCAAAGACCUGGCAGAUGACAUUUCUCGUCACAAGAUGGACAAAGAGAUAAAUAACCGAGUAUGUGAAGUUAUAAAAGACAGAAGCUUUAAAAAAACCAAAUGGAAGGAUAUUUGUGUUGGAGACGUUGUACGGAUGAAAAAAGAUGAGUUUAUUCCGGCGGAUGUGCUGCUGCUCUCAAGUUCUGAACCCAACAGUUUGUGCUAUGUGGAAACAGCAGAGCUCGAUGGUGAAACAAACUUGAAGUUUAAAAUGUCUCUUGAAGUAACAGACAAAUUUCUUCAAAAAGAGUGUGAACUUGCAGAAUUCGAUGGACUGGUGGAAUGUGAGGAGCCGAAUAACCGCUUGGAUAAGUUUGUGGGCACAUUAUUCUGGAGAGGAGCAACUUGCGGGCUUGAUAAUGAUAAAAUAUUACUCCGUGGCUGUAAAAUCCGAAAUACCCAGUACUGUCAUGGCCUAGUCAUAUUCGCAGGUGCGGACAGUAAAAUUAUGAGAAACAGUGGAAAAACAACUCUAAAAAGAACAAAAAUUGAUCACCUCAUGAACGGCAUGGUGUACAUGAUAUUUGUUUUGCUUCUCCUGUGCUCAGCAGGUUUAGCAAUCGGUCAGACAUUUUGGGAGAGCAACGUAAACAGUGGAAACAGCUCCUGGUAUCUGUAUGACGGGAAAGACUAUGCACCAAACUACCGUGGAUUUCUUGGCUUUUGGGGAUAUAUUAUUGUUCUCAACACAAUGGUACCAAUAUCCCUUUAUGUAAGUGUUGAAAUGAUUCGUUUGGGCCAAAGUUUUUUUAUCGACUGGGAUUUACACAUGUACUACCCAAAGAAGGACACAGCCGCCAAGGCCAGGACCACUUCACUGAACGAACAGCUGGGUCAGAUCGAGUACAUAUUCACUGACAAGACUGGGACAUUGACUCAAAACAUCAUGACAUUCAAGAAGUGCUCUAUUACUGGGAACGUUUACGGUGAUCAAAAGAAAAUGGUUGAGAAAAAGAUUAGUACUACAGAGAACGUGGACUUCAGCUGGAAUUCUUUAGCAGAUCCCAACUUUACAUACAAUGACAUGAGUUUAAUUCAACAAAUACGGUUUGGAAAUGAUCCAAAUGUUCAGCAGUUUUUUCGAUUACUCGCUCUGUGCCACACAGUGAUGGUGGACACAAAAGAAGGAAGAGAACUGUGCUAUGAAGCCGCCUCUCCGGAUGAAGGCGCCCUGGUAACAGCCGCCAGGAAUUUUGGAUUUGUCUUUCUUUCAAGGACCCAAAGCACUAUCACCAUCAGUGAACUUGGGAAAGAAGUGACCUAUGAGCGACUGGCGAUCCUUGACUUCAACAGUGAUAGAAAACGCAUGUCUGUAAUAGUUCGGGAUCCCAGAGGAAAAAUAAGACUUUACUGCAAAGGAGCAGACACGGUCAUAUACCAUCGUCUACAUCGAGACAACCCUAUAAAAGAGGAGACUCAGAAUGCUUUGGAUGUAUUUGCCAAUGAGACUCUCAGGACCCUGUGUCUUUGCUACAAGGACAUCAGCCAGGAAGACUUUGAGAAAUGGAAUAAAAAAUACCAACAAGCCAGUGUGGCCAUAAGCGACCGGGAAGAAGCUCUGGAUAAAGUGUAUGAAGAGAUCGAAAAUGACCUAGUGUUGUUGGGAGCCACAGCUAUUGAAGACAAGUUGCAGGACGGUGUACCUCAGACGAUUUAUAUGUUAGCUAAAGCAGACAUAAAGAUCUGGGUCCUGACAGGAGACAAGAAAGAGACUGCUGAAAAUAUUGGAUUUGCAUGUAAACUCCUAACAGAUGAAUCAGUUAUCACCUAUGGAGAAGAGGUCAACAGCCUAAUACAAAAAAGAAUUGAUCUCUACAAAUCUAGCAAGAACCGAAGAGAACGGAAUAAGAUCAGUGAUCUCAAUGUAGAGGCUAAUAAAAAACGGACAUUAAUCAUUACCGGAUCAUGGCUGAAUGAGAUCUUACUUGAAAAGAAGAAAAGAAAGAAAAGACGUCUGAAGCUGAAGUUCCCAAAGACACAAGCACAGACACAGCAGGACCUGCAGGAGAGGAGCAAAACUAACGCCUUAAAGGAACUAAGACAGAAGAACUUUGUGGACCUGGCCUGCGAGUGUAAAUCUGUCAUCUGCUGUAGGGUGACUCCAAAACAGAAAGCCAUGGUUGUUGAUUUGGUCAAGAAGUACAAGAAGGCUGUCACCUUGUCCAUCGGUGAUGGUGCAAAUGACGUCAGCAUGAUAAAAACUGCCCAUAUAGGUGUUGGUAUAAGUGGCCAGGAGGGAAUGCAGGCGGUGAUGUCCAGUGACUACUCCUUCGCUCAGUUCAGAUACCUCCAAAGGCUUCUUCUGGUCCAUGGCCGCUGGUCCUACAUCCGCAUGUGCAAGUUCCUAAGUUACUUCUUCUACAAGAACUUUGCCUACACGCUCGUGCACUUCUGGUAUGCCUUCUUCAAUGGAUUCUCUGGUCAGACUGUGUACGACACCGUAUUCAUAUCGCUCUACAACCUCCUGUAUUCCAGUCUACCUGUAAUUGUUAUUGGACUGCAAGACCAGGAUGUCAAUGACAAGCUCAGCAUGAAGUGUCCGAGUCUGUACAUCCCUGGGCAAAAAGGUCAACUGUUUAACUAUCCAAAGUUCUUCCUCAGUCUUCUCCAUGGCACUGUGUCGUCCCUCGUCAUUUUCUUCAUUCCUUAUGGAGCUUUCUGGCAAAUGACCACAGAUGAGGGAAAAGUGAAUUCAGACUAUCAGACAUUGGCUUUUGUUACAUCCACUGCUCUUGUUAUUAUUGUGAACUUCCAGGCUGGGCUUAUCAUGACAUAUUGGACAUUUCUAUUCAGCUUUUCUGUGUUUGGAACAAUCAUGAUUUACUUUUCAAUAACCUAUGAUUUACAAAGCAGCGGCAGUCACGAGCUGUUGACCUCCGUGUUAACCAUGACAGGGACUGUUACAAAUGCAUUAAGACAACCUUACAUCUGGUUAAUAAUCAUCCUAACAACCGCCAUAUGUCUCCUUCCGUAUGUGGCACUGACAUUUUUGCUAAAGGUUUCUUGGCCCUCCGCAGUUGAUAAAGUCCAGAAAAAUCCAGAGCGCUACAAAGUGAAGGAACUCCCAGUGGAAGAAAAGGCGAGCACAAUCCAACGAGGCACAUCUACUCGACGAUCUGCUUAUGCAUUCUCCCAUCAGAGAGGAUUUGGCGACCUCAUCUCAAGUGGCCGCAGUAUACGGCGGAGGACGACUACACCAAAUGAAGUUAAUAGAGCUGUUCGGAACAUUUAAAAGGGGUUUUUCUUAUAAAGACAAUCUCUGGUUGUCAUUGUACCCCUAUAGGGCAUAUAGAAAUCAUCGAGGUGGGUUCUCCAUUCAGGACCCCCUUUCAGUAAGCCAGAAUGGAAAGCAUUCUGUAAGAGCAGUCCCCACUUUGGUGGAAUAGGUCCGUUUAUGCAUUGGCAUGGGUUACCAUUCUUCUGCUAAUGCAGGGUACAUGAGCGACCAGACUUGGCUUCUUUCAGAUGUUUGCCGUUUUUAAAAGAGGUCGUCCUUGGGGAGAGAUUUAUUAUGUUGCGCCAGCGGCACAGAUUCCCGAACGUUGCUAAUGUUUGCUCAUUAAUGGCGACUUUCAAGCAAAAUAACUAUUUUUGCACAAAAAAACGAAAACCAUUUGGAGCAUCUACUCCGCCAGCAAAGAGGAGAUGUGAAGGAAGGAUGAAGGAGCCUGGAAGGGGGCUUGACCUUGCAUAGAAAGUGUCUGCUGGGGGCACACCCUCCUCCCUUGCGACACUAAAAGUCUCUGAAAUAUACGCUCCCAUCUGGUAUACAUUUCUGUGCCAGGUGCAAGGGCAGUCACGGUGCCACUGGAUUUACUAAAAGCCGUGCGCCUCUCCGUAAAUCCAGCAGACCGAAAAUGGGAACAAGUUUACUAAUGUGUGGCCUACCAAAACGCUGCAGUUAGUAAGUCUCCCCUUUUUUGCUUAAAGGGGUACUCCUGUGGAAAACUUUUUUUUUUUUUAAAUCA